AUGAAUCGUUUUGCCUCCUUCCCUGAUUCGUCUUUCGCCAUUACGGCAGUUCUUCGAAGACUUCUCUCGACUCCUAAUCUAAAGCUAGUGGAAGUUCAUCUUCGAAAGGAGCGUUUCCUGCGAGGACAAUUUGCUAAGCUCAAGCCUAGAGCUGAUGGACCAUUCAAAGUUCUCAAACGCAUUGGUGAAAAUGCCUACAAGAUUGAACUACCAGCUGAGUAUGAGGUUUCAGAAACACUGAAAGUUUCUGAUCUUUUUCCUUAUUAUGGUGAAGAAAGCACUAACGACUCGGGGGCGAGUCUUCUUCAACUUGACGGGGAAAACUAG